CUGGCCGAUAGGUAUUUGUCGGGAGACUAGUCCCAAAGUGGCUUAGUUUGCCCGCGAGCUGUCCCAACGUUGCCAGACUCAAAAAAAUUGGGAGCAAGUAAGAGUUUGGCGAGCAAGCGAUAAAGCUGGCCUGCGUCCUUCAACACUUGCACUCCGAAGCCGUCGUCGCCCAGCUUCUCGACCCAAUUGACCCCGCUACUCGCUGCCCAUCAUGCUCGCCCCCGUUCUCCGGAGGCGUGCCCUCCAGAGCGCCAACCUGCGCUAUGUCGUGCCGUCCCUGACAAGAUGGUACGCCUCUUACCCACCGCACACCGUCGUCAAGAUGCCGGCGCUAUCGCCCACCAUGACGUCGGGCAACAUCGGCGCUUGGCAGAAGAAGCCCGGCGACUCCAUCGCGCCGGGAGAUGUGCUUGUCGAGAUCGAGACGGACAAGGCCCAGAUGGACUUUGAGUUCCAAGAAGAGGGUGUUCUGGCCAAGAUCCUGACGGACACUGGCUCAAAGGACAUCACGGUUGGCAACCCCAUCGCAGUCCUUGUCGAGGAGGGCACCGAUGUCUCCGCUUUUGAGGGCUUCAGCCUGCAGGAUGCCGGCGGUGCCGCAAAGGCCCCUCCCAAGGAAGAGAAGAACGUCGAGGAGUCGUCAAAAGCCGCAUCUACCCCCACGCCCACGCCCGCCCCAGAGCCCGACAACGCUCCCUCCAGCGGCAAGCUGCAGACGGCGCUCGAGCGGGAACCCAACAUGAGCCCCGCCGCCAAGCGCCUGGCCAUCGAGAAGGGCGUCAAGGUUGACGGCCUGAAGGGUACCGGACAGGGCGGCAAGAUCACCGAGGAGGAUGUCAGGAAGGCUGCAUCGAGUGGUUCCGUUGGCGGCGCCCCGGCCGCCGCUGGUGCUCCCUACGAGGACGUCCCCAUCAGCGGUAUGCGCAAGACCAUUGCCAACCGCCUCAAGGAGUCCAUCGCGGAGAACCCGCACUAUUUCGUCUCGUCCUCUCUCUCCGUCUCGAAGCUCCUGAAGCUGCGCCAGGCUCUGAACAGCUCCUCUGAGGGCAAGUACAAGCUGAGCGUCAACGAUUUCCUCAUCAAGGCUAUCUCUGUCGCCUCCAAGAAGGUACCGCAGGUGAACUCUUCGUGGCGCGACGGCGUCAUCCGGCAGUUCAACACGGUCGAUGUGUCGGUCGCCGUGUCCACCCCCGUCGGCCUGAUCACCCCCAUCGUCACUGCUGUCGAGACCAAGGGUCUGGAGAGCAUCUCGUCUUCAGUAAAGGAGCUGGCCAAGCGCGCGCGCGACGGCAAGCUCAAGCCGGAGGAAUACCAGGGCGGCAGCAUCUCCAUCUCCAACAUGGGCAUGAACCCGGCUGUCGAGCGCUUCACCGCCAUCAUCAACCCUCCCCAGGCGGCCAUCCUUGCCGUCGGCAGCACCCAGAAGGUGGCAGUUCCGGUCGAGAACGAGGAUGGCACCACGGGCAUACAGUGGGACGACCAGAUCACCGUAACGGCCAGCUUCGACCACAAGGUUGUUGACGGCGCGGUUGGUGCCGAGUGGAUGAAGGAGCUAAAGAAGGUGGUGGAGAACCCAUUGCAGCUGCUACUAUAGCUUCCUAGGAAGGGGAUUUGCGCCAUUUUUCGUCUGUCCGGGUGUUUAGAAAAGGAGGGAACGCCUCUGUCAGCGUGCAAAUGGUAUUUUGACGUCUCUACAACUGUAUAAUAUGGGGUAAAUGCGGCAUUGCGUUCCGGGCUAUAAACGAGACCUUGACUGUUGCGUCAAUCUAUUUGCCUCGUUUCUUUU